AUGGAUCUCGCGAACCCGGUAAUGCAGAUCGAUGUCUCAGCUGCGCUCACCGCUCUCGAGCCGCUCGGUCUCGAUCAGUAUUGCAUCGCGUUCGGCCCCGGUGCCACGCAGUUCUGCGCCACGCCUAAUGGCUACUCAACCACCUUGUUGCCGCGCAAAGUUGUCAAGGACCUGUUGGGCGGCCAGAUCAAGAAGGUGCUUUAUGCGUCUUUCGGCAGCGACGUCAACUCGUUCUUCUUCACCUACCAGAUGAAAGAUGGUGGCGUCGCCCAUCGGGCUGGACGAAAUCUUCCGAAAGCCCUGAGAUCGUUCGUCGAUCGCGUGUCUGCAUCGUCAAAAGAGAGCGCAUCGUCUCUCCGCGUUCAAUUGGGUGCAAAUAGAUCCUACGUUGCCUGGUCGGGCUUGCUCUGGGUCUCGAAGAGAAUUCCAAAAGGACUGCGCACCGCAUUGUUCAACAUCAGCUCUACCGACUUUGUUGAAGCCAAUGGCGCACCAGGAGUGCUGCAGUCAGGCACUCUCGACAACAUAGCUUGGCACGACAGUGGCAACUGGUAUGUCAAGAAUCGAUACGACCAUCUAAACAACCUCGUAGGCAGAGGCGCAAGAGUUCUCCAGGGUGCUUGGAAGGAUCUAUGGGGCAACGAGUCAUCGCAAGGGUUGCUCCUACCUCAUUGCUAUGCGGAAUUAGCCUAUGUUGCAAUCAACGCGCACUCCCCCACGGGCGGAACGUUUGCAUUCUUCAAGAAAAUUAGAGACGGCCACGAAGCAGAAUUCAUACUUCGAUUCGAACCGGAAGACGUCGUUUCCAGGCUGCACGAGAAGCAAGAUGCUCUCCCAGAGAUGAGGGAGGAAACUUCACGUGCAUCUGGCCAAGUCGUCAGUGUUCCAAAGAAUCUUGAAGGUUUGCAAGUAUUCCAAUGGGCAAUUAGCAAACAUACUGGACGGUCGCACGCAAAAGAUUCAUGGGAGCUUGACCUGAAGAAGGGCGAGCGAGUCAAGAUCUUAAAGUAUUUCGGAAAUGACUGGUUCUUCGUCGAGAAUCGGCGCGGGGAGAAUGGAUGGGUGCACAAGGCUUGGCUGGACUUCCAGCAGAUGAUACCGCACGUCGACCCACAAGAGGCCUACACGCAAUUCACAGUCGAUGUUGAGAAGAUGCUCAAGGCGGGUAACAUUUGCUCCUUCCCGGACCUUUCCCGCUAUAUGAGUGCAUGUACCAAGGAUGCAUGCAGCCCUCUGAAGAAAGACACACACUGUCUCGGCAUCUGUAUCCACGAUCUACACGAACUGAUGUGCGGUUCUGGCGAAUACGAUUUGGAUAGGCUGAAGAUGGAGCGCCACAAGUGGCACCCGGACAAGUUCGCUCGAUAUUGCCAUCCAGACCACCGCGACACCCUCAGGGAGAAAGCGCAGGCUGUCUUCGUGCUGUUCGGUGUACUGAUGGACAUACUGGAGAACCCUCGGGCGCCCGAGCCAGCUGCCUAA